GUUAUCAUUCAUCGUCAAGCAUGGGACACUUUCCGCGCUACGUCGUCCUCGCUCUCUUCAUCGCGAUAGCAUCGGCACGAUCACCAGAACUCGACGGCAACUCGAUCGAAGAUUCAGGGAGGUCUUCAAACGGCGUGUUCGGUGACAUUCAACAUGUGUACCAAAUAUACAAGGAGUGCUCCUCGGCUGACCUCAGCUCCUGCCUCAAACUGAAGCUGAUCAGUGCAAUGGAUAGAAUCUCCAGGAGCUUGGAACUCACUCUGUCAGACGGUAUCACUUUGACUAAAGACAAAGGAUUGGACGAGGAGCCGGUAACAAAAUCCGAACGAGAAAUUGAAGCGGAACUUCCCAGAGCUCUUGAGGAAAAAGAAGAUGCCCUCAACUCGAUAAUCUUCGACAAGGUUGUAAGCUUCUUCCGAAGUCACACUCUCAAGCUAAAGUUACCAAACGUCGAGGAGCUCCAGAGAAGCUUAACAGAGGAGGGUCGUAAGAAGAAGAAGAUGGGUGGGCUGCUGGCCAUCCCCUUUCUCAUCGGUGGCACACUGAUACCAUUGGCUCUAGGUGCCCUGGCUUUACUUGCCGGAAAGGCUUUAAUUGUCAGCAAACUCGCCCUCGUUCUCGCAGCCAUUAUUGGUCUGAAGAAGCUAGUCUCGGGUGGCGGUGACAGCGGUGGCCACGAAGUCGUGCAGGUAGCUGGAGGCCAUGGUUCCAGUGGAUGGGCUAGAUCAAGCCAUGACAUCGCCUACUCAGCGUAUAAGCCGCAUUCCGCCUCGUUGUACCUGACGUUCUUGUACCAGGACAAAUGCAUUGAACUAAUAAUAGAAAGCGAUAUCGAGACGUUUCUACAAGCCAAUCGGGAACCUGCAACUCAAUGCUCAUUGAACAUGUACAUGAAUCUGCAUUGCAGGAUUGUGCCAGUUGGGUGGCUCAGAUGUCUUUUGGAAGGAAGACCCUCGGCAUCCAUGGAAGAAAAGAAUCCUACAAUUAGCAGCAAGUGUCUCGUCCCACUCACGCGUGAGUUGGCUGCGGACAUUCACAAAGCCUGGAACUCGAAGCAGAAAGAUGGUGAUGUGAAACCGGAUGCACAAACACCUCGGUUAAUCCCAAUUUUGACCGCGGUGUACUCACUCUGGCCGAGAGUCGGGAACGUCGCAUUUCCUAUUCCCUGCGUACGGCAAUCGGCCGACGACGACGCCGCGACGCGGCCGUCGCACACGGUGUUGGGCCGUUCCGGGAUGCCUGAGUUGAGAAAUUGCGAGGAUUCCUUUCAAUCCAAUACACCUGUGAUACUGACAGACGAUAAAAACCAAGACUUCCUUGAUGGUUUGGUACGCAGUCAAGGAGACUCGGUAGCGUUCAGUCGUCGUCGGCUUGACCAGGUUCCCAUGACUACGUCAGGACCGAAGCUGCGCAGCAAGCCGAAGAAGGAAUAUAGGCCUGCCGCGUGGGAGCCUGUGCCUCAAGGGAGCCUUGACCUGACCUCAAUCUUCUGCGGGUUCACUCUCGCCGCCGAUGAAAAGAAGAAAGUGUUCCCUCUGCAGCGGCGAGUUGACUUGGGACCAGAGUGUAGACUCGGUGACAGCAUCACGCAAAGUGACAAAUAUGAUCUGGCUCUCGUGUAUGGAAGAAAAAGCCGAGUGCUUGUGAAAGAACUUAAAUUCUUUUUGGCGAGGAAGUUGAUGAACGAGCCCUUCUACCCGUUCAUAAUCAGGUCUCAGUAUUUGAGAGCCAACAAAUUUGACAAAAAUAAAGCAAAAAUCACACGCCAAUAUCCAUUUCCUGGCCUAUCGCACAUACGAGGCGAUAGAUGGACUACCGUGAGCUUCCUUGAAAACUGUGUGGUUCGUAUACGUGAGGUACUGCUAACCGAAGACGGGGCCCCCGGCCCGGGAAUCGGCGACAAGAGACGCUGCAGCGGGCCCGAAAGAACCAAUAGCCUGUGCCAAAGGUGGGGGCCAUCAAAAUUUCAAAAACGUACCGAGACCCCUUUAGCGAGGAGGAUAAAAGCAAGCUGCCGGCCCCCUUUUAGCAGUAUUGAUACAAACGCUGUGACGAGAAGGUCAGGAGCAAAAGAGCAUCCUCUCGAUCAGAUCCGAUUCGAUAAACGACUUUGUCAAACACUCGCGAUGUUCAAACUCUUGACUGUCUUUUCGGCUGGCCUCUUGGCCAUCGCCUUCGCAGCCCCGGCAUCUCAGCAGGAAGCUGUUACCGAAACUACCGGGUCACUUAUCAGUGAUGCUCUUCAAGUGUACUCUUCUUGUGCUGACCAAGACCUCACGGUCUGUCUGAAGCUCAAGGCCCUGCGAUUCGUCGAUCGUGCUGCUAGGUCUGCCGACCUCUACAUCAGUGACGGUCUUCGGAUUGUACAGACUGACGAAGCUAAGGCCGACAGCCGCGCAAACUCCGGCCGAUCUCUGCACGACAUCGAAGCAUCUCUUCCUCAGGAAGGCGAGGAGAAAGAAGCUGCCGUUGACGAAGCCCUGGUAGACCGUACUCGGACGUUCCUCGCUAGCCAUACCCUAGAACUCUCAGUUCCCGAAGAAGUUUCUCGCUCAUUCGACGAGGCUCGUGGUAAGAAGAAGAAAAUCGUCAAAUCUCUGCUGCCAAUUCUUCUGCUGUUGAAACUGAAGGCUGCUGCUUUGAUCCCAAUCGCUCUUGGCGCUCUUGCCCUGUUGGCAUUCAAGGCUUUGAUCAUCAGCAAGAUCGCUCUGGUUAUCAGUGGAAUUAUUGCUCUCAAGAAGCUGCUGGGACAGAAACAAUCCAGCAGCUACGAAGUGGUGGCUCACCCAGUCCACUCGUACGAAGACUCUCACCACGACCACCACGGCUGGGCUAGCAGGUCCGCAGGUUCCGACCUGGCCUACAGUGCCUACAAGCCCGAGAACUAAUUCGAAGAAAGCGUCGAUAAAUAAAUUUCAUCAAAAUGUCACCAAUAUAAAUCGAAAAAUCAUCACAGAGCUGAAAGGCUCGAUGAAAAAUCAAUAAUCAUCGCGAAUUGUCACAUCCACGUUCAACGACGUAGAUGUCUCAAAUAACGAUUAUAACUGGCAUCGUUUCACUAUCUAAAUCGGACUAUUAAUGCGCUAUUUUGACGACUCAAGACGACCGCACCGAACGACUUAAGACGAGACAAUUACGAUGACAGUAAUUGAGACCUUCACGAAACUCAGACGAUACCUAGAGACCCCAAAAUGAUCACAGACACAUACCUGCGGAUGCUCAAUCACGGUAUCCAUGUUUAAGUACAAAAAAAGAAUAAUAUUUUUCGUGGCAUUUCUAUAUAUAGUUGUAUUAGCGAUUAUAACUCGCGAAAGUCACACUUGUGUGCAUAUAUUACAUUCAUAUGCAAACAAGUGACGAAUUUUUUUGAUCACGAGGAUACUUAGAACGGGUAGACAGCACUUGCUGUCAGGCUUCGUA